AUGUUCACACAAUCCGACUCUAUCGGCGUCGACUGGGAAGACCUGGAUGCAACGAUUCUCGUCGCAGGUAACGAAACUUUUCUUUGUGCCAGUGACAAACACAUUGGGUCGGUUGAAUAUACCAGCAGUCUAACUAGCAGCACCAGCGAUAAUGCUGAGAGCGGCGAGGGCAAGAGCUGCCGAGCAACCGAGACGCGCAGUAGACGGUCUCGACGGGAACAGAAGCAUGAGCUUGAAGAAAUGCGACGGCAAGCAAGUGUUUUAAAUGGGGAAUUAUUGCGAUUAUACCAGAUCAAGGAAAACGAAAAGGCUGUGUUCAACGCUGCCCAGACAGCAAACUUCUGGUUGUGGAAAUCUGUUGCCAUGCAGCAGCGUCAUGAACGGGCCCUGGCCGAAGAGGAGCAGCGGGAGUUGACCGUUACUGCACAAAUCCAAGCCACCUACAUUAGAAUUCUGAAUGAGAUCAUUCAGAAACAGGAGGACGCCUCAUCUACCCACAGAACCUCGGACGAUUAUCACAGGAACCAAUGCUUUGAGAGCGACAUGCUGGAGAGUUUUAUUCAAGAGCUGGACUCGUUUGAUUAUGUAGCGGAUUAA